AUGAGUGAAAAGGCUGCCAAAGUUGAGAUUGCAUGCGAAGGAUGCAGGAAGCGGAAGCGGAAGUGUAACGGUGCACGUCCAGCAUGCAUGGCAUGUGUUGCGAGAGCGCAAGAUUGUCACUAUCUUGAUGAAGAGGUAUCUCGCAAGCGUAAGUUGAAUGUCGAUUAUGUUGCCAGCCUCGAGGAAACGAUAGAGGUCCUUCGAGGACAGAUUUUAGAACUCAACAAGAGAUCGGACAAUGACGAACAAUACCGAAUUCGUCGAGAGCAGGAGCUCUUUGGUGACGAGCAUCCCAAUGCCACGCUUUCAGGCGACUCUAGUCGGGAAAAGCGAUUGGCCUCGGCCGUCGACGAAGUCAGUGCCAUGAUCUGGAAGAUCGAUCUUGGAGCAGAUGGAAGGCCACAGUUCACAGGGCCUUCAGGUAAUUUCACAUUUCAAUCAGCAUCAACUAUGGUCGAGCAAAUCUCAGCAGCACCAACGGAUGAACGGAUGACAAUCUGUCAUUCUGAAGUCCGUACCGCAAAGCAAGAGUUUGUGAACCACUUCAUAAAUCAUGUCAAUUUAUAUCAUCAAUUUCUUGAAGCAUCUCAGAUAAUCGAAAUAGAUUCGAUAUCAUCGGGAGGCAUCGACACUCAACUGCUGCGGGAUGCUAUCCAUGUAGCUGGCUCUCGUUUCUCAUUGCGACAGGAUGCGGACAAGAUAGGCAAACUUAUCAUGGAUGAGUUCGAGAGUAAGGUCCUUCAGACUUGUCGAUCGCAGCCAUCCUCAUUGGUUGUCCAGGCAUUGUGUAUCAUAUCUUGGUAUUGUCUCGCUUGUUCACAGGACAACAUGGCAUGGAUGUACCUUCACAUGGCGUCCGCCAUAAAUCUGCAACUUGGCCUUCAUGUUACAGCACUUCAGAAUCUACACAACCAAGCAGGAAUCAUGUCUCCGAACGAUGCAAGAUUAUUGCGUAUCUUGUGGUCCUUCGCUCUGCAGGACCGAAUUCUUACUGCAAUGCUAGGCAGACAAUGCAGUCUCCCUUGGAAGCGCAUUAAAGCGCGAGAGUUCUCCGAAACCCUUCAGCCUGAUGCGAAGCUGGAAGAGAUUACGUUCGGACAUCAAUGUCGACUCUGGUACUUACUCGAUCAAUAUCUAGACCAAAUCUAUGACUUUGACUUUGGUCGACUCGAUUUCAAACGUCGGAGUAAAUUGCUCAUCGAUGGCCGUGAGCGACUGUUCGACUUCCACCAGAGCGUGGAUCGUCGACUACGAGAAGACGGCAAACAAAAGCCCAAAUGCGUCAUCGUGUUUCAAAUGUCAUAUCAGACAGCCCUCCUGCUUGUGCAUCGACCCUAUCUCUGUGAGAAACCCGACACCUGGAUAUAUCGGGUGGCGUUACGUUCAAUAACCGCUGCGGCAUCUUCCAUAACACGCCUUGUGCACAUAUACCGCAAGACCGACGACCUAGCGAAUGCGCCUCCAUUCCUCGUCCACCACAUCAUGAGUGCGGCCAUCAUGCUCUUGCUCAACACAACAUCUACAGACCAGGAGAUCUGCCGACGGUCGAUUGGUCGUUUCCGACUGUGCGUGUCGGCCCUCGAAGACAUGCAACAAAGAUGGAAACGUGCGGCAGAUGCCAUAUUGCUGCUCCGAGAACUGGCUCACAGAUGGUCUGUCGUGCACGUACUUCCGAUUCAUCUCAGUGCACCGUUGGCUGCCUCUGAUACCAAGGCGAAGCAGCCCGCGGUCCACGUCGAAAAAAUGCUCGGAGAUCAAAGCAGCAACCCCGUUGGAAUGGACCAUGACCUCUCGACAGAGCCCGACCCUUUAGGAUUCGACUUCGGUGAGGUUUACAUGGCUACAGGAUCUGUAUCUCCCGAACCAUGGGGAUUUGCAAAUGACUAUGCUCUUCAGGAUCUGACCGCAUAUCCAGACUUCAGCCAGAUGUUCAAUCACAUGUGGCCUGAUAACGGGUGGGAUUGA